AUGCAAACAUCUGGUGUACAUCAUCUAGACAUCCUCUCAGAUGAAUAUAGCUGGAUGCUGUUUGAAAAACUAGCAUUUGCAGACGGUGGUGCAACAAAGACUCAAGAUUUGGUGGACGUUGGCAAAAGGAUACUGAAAAAGUGCGGCGGCGUGCCAUUAGCGAUCAAAGUGAUCGGGGGUUUGUUGUAUUCCAAAAAGGAUGCCUCGGAAUGGUCGAAGCUUGAGAAGAGUGAAGUAUGGAACGAGUCGACCGAUAUUGCAAAACGAGUCAUGUCUGUCCUGAAGCUGAGUUACGAGAACUUACCUUCAUGGUCAGUGAAACAAUGCUUUGCAAGUUGUUCCAUCUUCCUGAAGGACGCUGAUAUGGAAAAAGAAAGCUUGAUACAGAUUUGGAUGGCCCAGGGAUUGAUUAAUGAUGCCAAGGGAGGAGGAGGUCAUUUGCAAAUGGAGGAUAUAGGCAGCGAUUACUUCAACAUAUUGCUUCGGAGUUCUUUGUUGCAAGCUACUCCUAAGUACGGAAUCGAGUACUACCGGAUGCAUGACCUUGUGCAUGAUCUUUCACUGCAAGUGUCAAAUAAUCGUUUCUUCAAUACAAGGGAUGGCAUGGAAGUCAGUCAUGAUGAUGAAGUUAUGCAUUUGACCAUCCUUGGGAGUCAAGGGAAGGUGUUAAAGAAUAUCGAAGGGAUUCCUCCAAAUUUGCAAACGCUUUAUUAUCUUGGGGGUGAUGGUAUUAUGCUCGAAGACAUCUUGGAAAGGUCUAGAUACCUUUCUGUAUUAAUAGUAGACUCCCUGGGUGUUACUCAUCUCCCAAAUUCAGUGGGUGAUAUGAAACAUUUAAGACAUCUUGAUAUCAGGCGAACUGGUAUCACUGCUCUGCCAAAUUCCAUCACAAAGCUCUACGAUUUGAUGACCUUGAAAGUAUGUUACUUGGAAGAGAUGCCUAAGAAAUUUGGCAAUUUAAUUAACUUGAGACAUUUCGAGUUUUCAUCUGCUAUGGGCCAAUCAUGUUUCUUCCCUGGAAUUGGGCAGCUGGCUAAUCUUCGGACGUUGCCGCACUUCAGGGUAAGCCAAGACAAGGGAUGUCAACUUGAGGAGUUGGAACACUUGCGUAACCUCCGAGGCGAGCUAAAAAUUUCUGGACUUGAAAAUGUGAGCAGCUUUGAAUCCGCAGGAAAAGCAAAGUUGUCCGAAAAAUCAAGCAUUCAAGGUUUAAGACUUUCAUGGAAUGGCACGAAAGAAGAUUGCGACGACAACAAUAUCAACAGUGUCAUGGAAGGUCUCCAACCUCACCCAGACUUGAAAAGUUUAGCCAUUUGGGGUUUCCAAGGUUCAAGGUAUCCGUCGUGGAUGGUGGCAAAGGAUCACUUGACGGUACUCCUUCGGAAUCUGGUAGAGAUCAAGUUGAGUGGAUUGGGUAAGUGUGAACAAGUACCACCACUAGGGGACUUGCCUUGUCUCGAGUCCUUAGAGAUGGAGUCCUUACAUAAUGUGAAGCGCAUUGGAGCUGAAUUCUAUGGUCUCCUUGCACAUCUCGAUAUUAAUGCAAGGAGCAGCGCUUGUAGCAGUAGCAGUAGCAGAAAGGUGGAACCAAUAACUCUGUUUCCGAAACUGUCGAGUUUUGUGCUGUGCGACAUGAAAAGUCUAGAGGAGUGGUCAGAUGCAAUGGUUCCCUCGGAUUCUUCUUCAUCAAUUAAGGUAUUCCCUAAUCUCCGGUACUUGAGAAUCGAACGGCUCCCCAAGUUGGCUGUUUUACCAGAUAUGGAGAACUUGACAUCUCUUGCGAUGUUAGAGAUAUGGAGAUGCGGAAGUUUGGCUUGUAUAAGGAAUUUGAAUAGCCUCACAUCUCUGGAAUCCUUAUAUUUAAAUGACUGCUCUGCUUUAUUAGAUGCUUCUCUGGAAUCCCUACGUACUCUAAGCAUCUUAGGAUGUGAUAAGUUGAAUCCUUCAUUGAGUAAUAAUCUUGAGAAGUUGACGUCGCUCGAGCGGUUGGAAAUCUUCUCUCAUGACCCUGGUUGUUGGCCAAUUAUGGUUCUCCACCAUCUGGCCAACCUCAGAUCGUUGACUCUCGGUGGCUUCUCUGACGACCUUGAUCAUUUCCCGUGGCCACACUCCAUCACCAAUCUCGUCUCUCUGGAGCGUCUUGAAUUGCGUGGAUGGCCAAAAAUCACGUCUCUCCCAUACCAAAUUCAGCAUCUCUCUACCUUGAGGACGUUAGAGAUAGGGGAGUUUGAGGGGUUGGAAGUACUUCCAGAGUGGAUGGGUAGCCUUCGGAAUCUUCGAGAAUUGUGGAUUGUUGAUUGCUCUAACCUCAGACAAUUGCCCUCUGCAGAAGCAACACGACACCUCACCAAUUUAAAUAAACUGUAUAUCGACACCUGUCCUCUUUUAGCAGAGAGAUGCACCAAAGGAAGUGGCGCAGAGUGGCCCAAGAUUGCACAUAUUCCCCUUGUUAUCGACUAG